GUGCAUCACGGACCCGGAGAUGCAGAAGAAAAACGCACGCUGACCUUACGGCGGUUAUGGCUAGCAGGGAUACAACUACCUCCACUGGGCAUGCGCACUUCAAUACCGCAUACUCUUUGUUACGCUGACAACUGUUGAUUAUUAUUUUUUGUAUUUUGUAAAGUUAAUCUUAGGGUUAGGCGUUAGCAAAUGUAAUUUAUUGUAAUUUUAUGGCGAGAUUUUGUAUCACUUCCGGCCGUAGCUGUAUCCAUUUUUGCCACAACCAACUUUUUGCGGAAGUCGUGAGAUCUCUAGUUUUAUCCCUAUUCUUGAGCUAAAGAGACUCGAGGUUGUAUGGCAAUAAACCAGUGGCCAAUGAGUUUUAAAGCUCGUGCUGUGUGCUGGUUUUUCGUAAGUCGUCUUUUUUAUGUAUGGUGCAGAAUGUCAUCCAUGGUUUCUGGACGGGAGCAUUUGAAUGUAAUCUGGGAGUCCCAGGAGCUGUUGGCAUAUCUGCACCCCUCUCCGUGGACCCCAGGGGUCGCUGUUGUUACCCAUAAGACCUCUGGGAGUACUAGCAGCCUCUUCCACUUACCUGAGGAUGCCUUUGUGUGUCUGCUUCUGGGAGCAAGAACAGUCGCGAGGCUCCUUUGUGAGAAGCUGGACGUCCGGCGCUGCGCCCUCGUCCACACGCCGCAUGCUCGGGCAGGCAGCCUCGGUGUGGAGCUCUUUGUCAUUCCCCUCCACGGUGUGACGGAACUCUGGAAACCUCACGUUGCUGCAGAAGAAGAUUUCCAGCCCUACGAUCCUGGAUACAUCAGUUCCAAGAGUGGGCCGCGCUGGACAGACUCCUGUCUAGAGGAGAUCAAGAACCACAUACGGGCGCGGCUGCCCGUCCCAAAUACAGCUCUGAACUACACUUACCUGGGUGAAGCUUCUGACCGCGAGCUGUUCCCACGAAUUGUGCGAGGAGAGGAGAAGCAGUGGAGGGUUUGGGAGGAUGACAGCCACAUUGCUGUUCUCACACCAUUUCCCAACACGCCCGGACUCACUGUGCUAAUUCCGAGGAAACCCCUCUCCAGUGACAUAUUACGACUAGAGGCGGCCGACUACAAGGAGCUGGUGCUGGCCACCAGACAAGUAUCUCGGCUGCUGGAGGCGGGGCUUGAUGCCUGGGGGGUGGGGCUUAUAUUUGAGGGCUUUGAAAUUGAUUACGCACACGCUAAACUGAUUCCACUUGUCUCUUCACCAGAUAAAGCUGUGCUGAGUCUCACCUGUCCGGCUUCUGACUUUACCCAGCUGUACCCUGGUUAUGUAACAUCAGUUUAUGGUCCUCCUGCUAACAUAGAAAGUCUCCAAGAAUUCUGUUCCAAGAUUACCCACCGAUAAACAUCUGCUGAUUUAUUAAGAAAUAUAUGUUGGAUGAAGACAGUUUUAACCUUGUAAUCUUUUCAAUAUUUACGGCCCUUGUUAUCGUAGUCUUUGUAGAAAUGUACAAGGCUCAUUCAUUCUGAUUCGACUAAAACAACAAACACAUGAUUCUAGUUUGUAGUCAAAGAGUUUGUUGGUGUUUGUUCGAUCAAUGUGAAUUAACAUUAGACAUUUCACGUUCAAGACAAACAUCAUUGAAGUUUGAGAUGUAGAAUAAAUUUUGUGUAAACCUUAGAAGUUUUGAGUUUCAGAGGAUGACAAUGGUGUUCAUUAUACAUACAGACAAUAAAUACAGAAGUACAAUAAGAGCAGUAAUAUCACAAUAUAAAUGCAAACUUUUUUAUUAUGAAUAAUUGGUUGAUUGAACUGAUUAAAGUUAGAUUUUUUUUAUUAUUAAUUAAAGAUCUUUGUUUGUCUGAUCAAAAAAAAUAUUGUUUCUAGAAGCCAGAAGUCAGUGUCAACAGAAGGUCAUGUGAUCAGCGACUGUAAAUGUUUUUCAUGAUAAUUAAGCUCAUAGCAUCAUCUACUUACACAAUUACCAGCUUGUACCAUCUGUGUCAACGCGGCUUAUUAUUAAUUAAUCCCCAGGCAUUUAGAUAAACAUCUUCAUUAGUGACUUGUAAUGCGCUUAAUUACACAUUUGAAAACCUGUGAUUUAUUCUGUGUGAAAUAAAAGAAAGCGAUUAUCUGGUAGCAAAAAAUUACAUUUCAACCCUUAGAUUAUGUUCCCAGAGUCAAAUUAUUAAUCAAGCACAGUCAUUAGUAAUGACACGUAAGGAAUCUACAGAAAUGCAGCUCUCAGAAAACACAAUCACUGGGACGCUUUCCAAAGCUUGUUAACAUCGAGCGGUAAAUUACAUCACCGAGUCUCAACUGGUUUCGCUUCAGGCUCGGACUGCACACAAGACACCAAAUGGAGACUCA